UCUUUCUCUCAUUCUUCGCAACAAUCCUCCAAACUGGGUUCCAAUCCUCUGCUUCUGCCCACCACUCUACGCCCCACAAAGCUCCUCAUUCGAGCCGCUAGAACCGAGUCCAGAGGAGUCUCUCUCGGCUUCAGACCUCCCAGUUCGUAUCUAUUUAUGGCACUCUGUAUUCCUCUCUUCCCAUUCUGAAUGAUUUUUUUGUUUGCCUAACUUGGGUUUUCGUUGGUUUUUAGAUUCCAGAGCCACUUACUGGGAGAGUUUGGAAAUUGGAGGACUUUGAAUCCCAUCCUGCGCUACUGGUUAUGUUUAUCUGCAACCACUGCCCAUUUGUUUUACACCUGAAGAAAGCUAUCGUGAAACUUUCAAACUUUUAUAUGAAGAAAGGACUCGCAGUUGUUGCGAUAUCUUCAAAUUCUGUAACAAUGCACCCACAGGAUGGACCAGAAUUUAUGUCAGAAGACGCUAAGCUUUUCAAGUAUCCCUUCCCAUAUUUAUAUGAUCAGUCACAAAAUGUUGCCUGUGAAUUUGGAGCAGUUUGUACACCAGAGUUUUUCUUAUUUAAAAAGGAUGGACGCAGGCCUUUCGAAUUGGUCUACCAUGGCCAGUUUGAUGAUUCAAGACCUAGUAAUAAUGUGCCUGUAACUGGAAAGCACUUGAGCCUUGCAAUAGAUUGUGCUCUCAGUUGCCAACCCGUACCAUCAGCUCAGAAACCCAGCAUUGGAUGCAGCAUAAAGUGGCACCCUGAGAGACAACAAGAUUAUAGUUAACCUGUGAGUACUAUCUUUCUUUCGUGUCUUUGUCAUGGCCAACAGCCUUAAUGAUUCAGAUUGUAACUUAAAAAUUUGUUUUUUUUUCCUUCAGUUCCUCCCCAUCCUGUUUCGUUUCUUUGGAUCCUUAAAUCCACUAGAAGCCAGAAAAAAUGUAAUAUUUUCUAUUGUUCUCAUUUUGGUGAGAAGCUGUAGUAAACAAAAAAACUUCUGAUUUUGUAAAUUUAAUAGUAAUUAAUAUAGUAAUCUUUAUCAGUGUAUUGGGAGUCUGGUGAUGUAAGAAACUAUAGUAUAUGGCGAUUGCUACUGUCCCAAAUA